CCAGAGAACCACGGUCACGUGACAGAUACCUGGUGUCACAUGACCGCGGCCGGGUAAGAUGGCGGCAGGAAGGCUUGUGUGUCUGCUCUUCCUGAUGAGCGGAGCGCUGGGCGAGGAGCAGCUCGUUUGCUCCUCAUGUCCUGGAGAGAUGACGAAUGUGACUGAACUGGGGAGACGAUGUGCGGCCACCCCCGGGGCCCGGAUAGUGUCCCGCUGCUGUGUGACCGGGGCCGACACCAUCACCGGGCUUGACCUCCAUAACUGCUCGCUGUCCCACCUGGACCCCACCAUCAAUCUGACCGCCGCUCUGGCUGCCAUAGACCUCUCCCAGAAUCCUCUGCAGGACCUGUGUAAUGAGACGUUCCAGGGUCUUACGGGUCUGGAGUACAUAGCCCUGCCCCCCAAUAUCAGCUGUCCUGGGGGUGACGGGGCGUGGACCAGAGUGAACAUCAGCGCCGACGUCCGGAUCUGCCAGGAUCAGAGGGAUGGGUGCAACAGCACAGAUGUGGCGCCGCUGUGUCCGGAGAACUCUCUGUGCACCCCUGCCGGCCCGGGGUAUACGCAGUGUCUGUGUGCGCCCGGAUUCAGCGGAUACAAGUGUCUGAGAGAGGGCUCCUUCCCCACGCUCCUGUUCUUCGGGAUCCUGGCCUCGGUCACGCUCACCCUCUCCAUCCUGCUGUGGUGCACGCAGCGGAAGAAGGUGAAGAGCCUGUAGCUGCAGGAUCCGCCAUGAUGACCUCCGCCUGCUCCUACCCUCUUCACUGCUACUGGC